AUGCUACGAGAGGGCGCCAGCCUAGCAGCCUGCACGCUAUUGGUCGAAACCGGGCGACCGACUGUGGCGUUUGGGGCAGCAGUAACGGCCAAGGGGCUGGCAGCAAAGGCGCCAGAUCAGACAAGUGGCACGCCGACCGAUGGUAAGGGGUCGGGCGGCGGGUACGGUGGGCGAGGCGCGUCCUGUAGCGUGAACAGUGACAACGGGGCCGGCAGGGGCGGCACGAACAGUGCUAGGGGGGAAAACAGGGGCGGAGGCGGAUGGGGGGCGGAGGCGGAGUCAUGGGGGGGAGAUGCGUAUGCCUGGUCUUCCCUCACAGAUCCUUGGAAAACGGGUAGCAAGGGGGGAGCGUUGGGGGAGGCGGAUGGGGGGGGGCCUGGGGGGAGGGCGAGUACGCAUUGUGGUGCGGGGGGAUGUGGUGGUGGAGGGGCGGAUAGACGCGGAUGGGGGGGAUGCACAGAUGGGCAGCAUGGGGAGGCUUGGGGGGGGAGGGUCCGCACCGGGGGAGGGGGGGGCGGAGGGGGCGGAGGGGGAGAUCAGCCGGCGCCAUCUCCACCGUUGGAUCCUGAUGAAGCGGAGGUGGAGGUGGUGGUGGCGAAUCUGACACUCACGAAUGCGACUCUGGAGGUGUGUGGGACGAUCAAGGUCUUCGCCUCGCACUUCAACCUGCACUCCUCUGCCUCUCUGCAUAUCCACCAGCUAGCCGCCGCUGCUGCUGCUAGCAGGAGUAGCAGCCAUCUGAACCUUGUCCCUUCUCCCUCAGGGCGGUUCCUCCCUAUUGAGCUCAGGCCAUGUGUGGCUGCACGGGCAGAACGAGCUGGCUCUGGGCGGCAGGAGCCUGCUAACUGCCAAAGAACUCCUCAUCCCCAUGUUUAUCGCCUUUCGUUCCGGGUUCUGGGCGGCAGCCGGAUCGCCGCCCCUCUCUCCCAUGCUGCACUUUCUCACCUACAGUCACUCUCCGAUGGUGGUAGAAGCGAACCAACAUUUCAGCCAGAAUUCCUGCUACAGCCGGCUGUCUCUCUGCUACGGUUGCAGCACGCAGCAGCAAGGUGGAAAGCGGGAGCUUGGGCAAUCCCUCCUCCUCCUCCUCCUCCUCCUCCUCCUCCUCCUCCUCCUCCUCCUCCUCCUCCUCCUCCUCCUCCUCCUCCUCCUCCUUUUCCACCUUUGAAUCUGUGGCGUGUUGGGGGUGUGCAGUGCAGGCAGGUGACUUGCCAUACUGUCACGUGUAGGAGUGUCUGUCCAGUGAGGUCUUAUCAUCUGGACAGCCAGUACGGGCAAGGGGCGAUGGAGGGGGCACUGGUCCGUCGUCUGGACAGCCUGUACGUGCAAGGGGCGAUGGAGGGUGCAUUGGUCCGCAUAUAUGCCUCCUCCUCAUUGGUCAUCGACCACCGAGCCUCCAUCUCUGCUUCAAGCCUUGAUGAGUGGCAGGGAGCGGACAGACAACACACGCACAAUGGGAAGCGGAACGGGGGGAUUCGGGAGUGGAGGGCGGAGAAAGGAGGAGUGGGGGAUGGAGAAAGGGGAGUGGGGGGCGGAGAAGGCAGAGUUGGGGAAAAGAAAGGGGAGUGGGGGGCGGAGAAGGCAGAGUUGGGGCAAAGAAAGGGGAGUGGGGGGCGGAGGAGGCAGAGUUGGGGCAAAGAAAGGGGAGUGGGGGGCGGAGAAGGCAGAGUUGGGGCAAAGAAAGGGGAGUGGGGGGCGGAGAAGGCAGAGUUGGGGCAAAGAAAGGGGAGUGGGGGGCGGAGAAAGCAGAAUUGGGGCAAAGAAAGGGGAGUGGGGGGCGGAGAAGGCAGAGUUGGGGCAAAGAAAGGGGAGUGGGGGGCGGAGAAGGUAGAGUUGGGGCAAAGAAAGGGGAGUGGGUACAUGGUAGUAGCAAAGGCACCCAAAAGUGUGAAGACGGGAUAG